GUUGUAGUUGUAAUAAAUAAAUAUUUUGGCAUAUAAACAAAACAAAACCGUAAAAAUUAUUCGAUUUGGUAACAUAAACGUUGUGUUAAUUAACAGGUGCUUGCUAAAAAGAAAUUAUAACGGCAUUGUGCUUAGAGAUAAAUCGGAAUAUCAUGACAACAUACUCCCAUUCUACGGAGAUUCGCCAAGUGCAGUUCGAGCUGGACGGCCUGGUUAGUGUUCUGGAGCAUGACUGGCGUACGCUGUUCUACCUAAUCCCCAGACGGAUUGCCGACGUCGAACAACCAGCCGGGAGCUAUCCAAUAAAGUACAACGGAGCGCAAGAGAGUGAGCUGGACAAUUAUGGAAAAGCGCAGAACACAGGUCGAGCACGCCUUCUUCUGGAAGAGUGGGGAACAUCCGGACGAAAAGAAGAACGACCUACAUUGGGACAUCUGUACACUCUGGCCGUUAAAGGUGGCCUGUAUCGAGCCGCUGAUCACAUAGCAAAUCUCCUGAAGAUACCCGAACCCGAGCGACCCGUUUGUGGUCCAGCAGCACCAAUCAAUGUGGAUUUGGAACUGGAUCGAGAAACAAAUAAGUUGUUAGAGGAGAUUUCGUAUCCAAACUCAACUGCCUUACAGGAUGUGGAUUCAUCUUUAACAUUAGUAAACAAUUUGGAUAACAUUCUACUGACAAAGCGAGAAGAAGUGGUCAAUCCUCCUCAGGCUGUUCCGGAUUCGAUUUUCGACGGAUCACUGCCUUUAAUUUCCAACAGUGAUAACAAUGAUCAAUUAAGUGGAGUAGUGCCGAUGAUUAGUGAUUUGAUGAAAACAGAAGAACAAAAUGCUCAGCUAACUGAAACUAGUUUUUCUGACAAUGAUAGGACUCCUAGGCAAACUAUUGAAGGCGUAACAGUUUCUUCAACAUCGGACAGUGCAAGUGGUAGCAGUAGAGCAUCAUCAGUAGCGAGUGAAUCAACGUCUCAGUUUCGAAUGCUGCCAAUGGUGUUACCUACCAUUCAUGAAGCUGGUGAAGUGCCCAACCUCUCCAUCUUUGGCCCUGCAGUUCAGUCGGAAGAAAGCGUAAAUGUCGAAAUACCCGCCAUUUCAGCAUUACUGGACAAUUUCGAGGAGUCACAAUCCAGAAAUGAUUUACCCCGAUUUUCGAUCAUUGGUCAAUCAGAGGAGUCGAUCAGUGAAUCUGCUUCAUCAUACUCAACCCAACAAGAAAGUAGUAGCGUUGAAGAAUCCAGCAGAGCAACGAACCUAAUGGCAUUUUCUUCGACGUCCAUCCCAGCUGCACCAUCAUUAAUCAAAGUCUCUUUCGAUUUGCUCAGAAACGUCACCGCCGAAUUCGAUACAAAGCGUUUCACGAAUCGCAAUCCUCUAAAUCCGGACGGUCGAGUAUUGGGGAUUGGUGGAUUUGGUGAAGUAUUUUUAGCACUGAAUCUUACAACUUCUUAUCCCGUGUCUGCAGUGAAGCGAUUGUUUCCUACCAAUUACAAAUAUAGAGAAAAGUUCGAUCGAGAGCUCGAGAUACUUUCCAAGUAUCAUCACCCGAAUAUAGUGAAACUAAUUGGUUUCUCGGAAGAUGCUACGUUAUGCCUAAUAUACGAGUAUCUUCCGGAUGGUACUCUGGGAGCAGCUUUAGACAAAAGUCGGAAAAACCAGCUGCGGUUAGCAGUUGGCCAACGUCUUAGCUAUCUCUCCGGAAUAGCUGCUGCUUUGGAAUAUCUUCACAGUCCGCUGGUACAAGUCGUACACCGGGAUGUGACACUGGCGAACAUUCUCUUGCACAGAGACACAGCCAAGUUGUGCGACUUUGGAUUGGUGAAACGAAUAGACAGUACAACAGCCACGGAGGUGAGUGGAACGAGGCCCUACAUUUCACCGGAGGCUAUGCGAGGUAAUAUUACACCGGCUCUAGAUGUCUACUCGUUCGGGGUUGUGCUGGCUGAAGUGGUGACCGGAGAGGAGGUCUUAACUGAGGUGCUACCGGACGGCGAAGGAGAUUUGAUUGAACGCGUUACCGCGAGAGGGGCUGACUUAAAGAGCAUGGUGGAUCGUAGGGUUCUAGAGAAUGAGCUCCCUAAAUGGAUUUCAAGUGGAAAGAAAUUGUUAGAACUGUCGAAUUGGUGCCUUAGAGAAAGAUUUAAGCGACCAUCCGCUUCAGCUAUGCGGGAAUGUGUACAGAAAAUUAUUCAAGAAGAGUUUUAGUGAGAAUCAGACAUUAGUUAAAUAUGUGCAACUGUUGAUGUUUUAGAAUUAUACUAUUUUAAUUACCGCAAA